GCCGCGGGCAGAUACAGUCCCGGGAGGACGCUGGGUUCAGACAAAAGCUACCGCAUCUCUGCCUCUCAGCCCCUGCAGGGAUUCGGGUUCGGUGCUGGUCCCCAUCCGAGUCUCCGCUCCAAACUUUUUGCCAGGUCCCAGAGACUUCCAGAGGCGAAUGAAUUGCUGGGAGAGGAGAGCCUCUGCUUGUUGUUGAGGAGGGCUAAGCGCUGUGCUUAGGCGCUCAGGAAAGGAAAAAAAGAAAAAAGAAAAAAAAGAAAGAAAAUGAUUUCCUGGGACAUUGUCCACACGGCAUUCCUGUUUGUUCUUCUUUAUUCUUCCCUAGCUCAAGAUGCAAGCCCCCAGUCUGAGAUCAGGGCAGAGGAAAUUCCCGAGGGGGCCUCCACCUUGGCUUUUGUGUUUGAUGUGACUGGUUCCAUGUAUGAUGAUUUAGUUCAGGUUAUCGAGGGGGCUUCCAAAAUUCUGGAGACGUCUUUGAAAAGACCUAAGAGACCUCUGUUCAACUUUGCGUUGGUGCCUUUCCACGAUCCAGAAAUUGGCCCAGUGACAAUUACCACAGAUCCCAAGAAAUUCCAAUAUGAACUCCGAGAACUCUAUGUUCAGGGUGGUGGAGAUUGUCCAGAAAUGAGUAUUGGAGCUAUAAAAAUUGCCUUGGAAAUUUCUCUUCCUGGUUCUUUCAUCUAUGUUUUCACUGACGCAAGGUCCAAGGACUAUCGGCUCACGCAUGAGGUGCUGCAGCUGAUCCAGCAGAAACAAUCACAAGUGGUAUUUGUGCUCACUGGAGAUUGUGAUGACAGGAGCCAUAUUGGCUAUAAAGUGUAUGAAGAAAUUGCCUCGACAAGCUCUGGGCAAGUGUUCCACCUGGACAAAAAGCAAGUUAAUGAGGUGUUAAAAUGGGUAGAAGAAGCAGUGCAGGCCUCCAAAGUUCACCUCUUAUCAACGGAUCAUUUGGAACAGGCUGUAAACAUAUGGAAAAUUCCUUUCGACCCCAGCCUAAAAGAGGUUACUGUGUCCCUGAGUGGUCCUUCUCCAGUGAUUGAAAUUCGCAAUCCUUUAGGGAAGCUGAUUAAAAAGGGAUUUGGCCUGAAUGAGCUAUUAAAUAUCCAUAACUCUGCCAAGGUGGUGAACAUUAAGGAGCCAGAGGCUGGAAUGUGGACAGUGAAGAUUUCGAGCAGUGGAAGGCACUCGGUUCGCAUCACUGGCCUCAGUACUAUUGAUUUCCGAGCUGGUUUUUCCCGAAAGCCCACCUUGGACUUCAAAAACACAGUCAGCAGACCAGUACAAGGAAUACCUACCUAUGUGCUCCUAAACACUUCUGGAAUUUCCGUACCAGCUAGGAUAGAUCGUCUUGAACUUCUGAGUAUCUCAGGCAGUUCGCUUAAGACCAUUCCUGUAAAAUAUUACCCAGAUCGAAAACCUUAUGGCAUAUGGAAUAUUUCUGACUUUAUACCACCGAAUGAAGCUUUCUUCCUCAAAAUAGCAGGUUAUGAUAAGGAUGAUUAUCUCUUCCAGAGAGUAUCAAGUGUUUCCUUCUCUAGUAUUGUCCCAGAUGCUCCCAAAGUGACAAUGCCUAGAAAGACCCCAGGAUAUUACCUGCAGCCGGGCCGAAUUCCCUGCUCCGUGGAGAGUCUUUUGCCGUUUACCCUGAGCUUUGUCAGAAAUGGAAUUACACUCGGAGUAGACCAGUAUUUAAAAGAAUCUGCCAGUGUAAACUGGGAUAUUGAAAAGGUCACUCUGCCUGAUGAAGGAUUCUAUGAGUGCAUUGCUGUCAGCAGUGCAGGUACUGGACGGGCACAGACGUUUUUUGAUGUGUCAGAGCCCCCUCCAGUCAUCCAAGUGCCUAAUAAUGUAACAGUCAUGCCUGGAGAAAGAGCAGUUCUGACAUGUCUCGUCAUCAGCGCAGUGGGUUACAAUCUAACCUGGCAGAGGAAUGACAGAGAUGCCAGACUGGCUGACCCAGCGAGAACGCGGAUCUUGGCGAACCUCUCCUUGGAGCUAAGGACUGUGAAAUUCACUGAUGCUGGGGAGUACCACUGUCGGAUUUCCAACGAAGGUGGAUCAUCAGCUGCCUCCGUUUUCCUCACAGUGCAAGAAUCGCCCAAGGUUACCGUGAUGCCCAGGAAUCAGUCUUUCACAGGAGGAUCUGAGGUCUCCAUCAUGUGUUCUGCCACAGGUUAUCCCAAACCCAAGAUCGCCUGGACCAUUAAUGAUAUGUUUAUCAUGGCUUCCCACAGGUAUAGGAUGACCUCAGAAGGUACCUUAUUUAUCAAAAAUGCAGUUCCCAAAGAUGCAGGGAUCUAUGGUUGCCUGGCAAGUAAUUCAGCUGGAACGGAUAAGCAGACUUCUACCCUGAGAUACAUUGAAGCCCCAAAGUUGAUCGUUGUUCAGAGCGAGCUCUUGGUUUCUGUCGGGGAUACAACAGCCCUGGAAUGUAGAACCUCUGGUGUUCCUCCACCUCAAGUUAAAUGGUUCAAAGGGGAUCUUGAGCUGAGGCCCUCAACUUUCCUCAUUAUUGAUCCUCUCUUGGGGCUUUUGAAGAUUCAAGAAACUCAAGAUCUGGAUGCUGGUGAUUAUACGUGUGUAGCCAUCAAUGAUGCUGGAAGAGCAACUGGCAAGAUAACUCUGGAUGUUGGCUCACCUCCAGUUUUCAUACAAGAACCUGCUGAUGUGUCUAUGGAAAUUGGCUCAAAUGUGACAUUACCUUGCUAUGUCCAGGGUUACCCAGAGCCAAAGAUUAAAUGGCGAAGAUUAGACAACAUGCCAAUCUUCUCAAGACCCUCUUCAGUGAGUUCCAUCAGCCAGCUAAGAACAGGAGCUCUCUUUAUUUCCAACUUGUGGGCAAGUGAUAAAGGAACCUAUAUUUGUGAAGCUGAAAACCAGUUUGGAAAGAUCCAGUCCCAGACAACAAUAACGGUGACAGGACUUGUUGCUCCACUCAUUGGAAUCAGCCCUUCAGUGAUCAGCGUAAUUGAGGGACAGCAGCUUACGUUGCCUUGUGCUCUAUUAGCUGGAAAUCCCAUUCCAGAACGUCGGUGGAUUAAGAAUUCAGCCAUGUUGGUUCAAAAUCCUUACAUCACUGUACGUGGUGAUGGGAGUCUCCAUAUUGAAAGAGUUCGCCUUCAGGACGGAGGCGAAUACACUUGUGUGGCCAGUAACGUUGCUGGAACCAUGAACAAAACUACCACUGUGGAUGUGCAUGUUGUACCAACCAUUCAGCACGGGCAGCAGGUACUCAGCACGAUCGAAGGCAUUCCAGUAACUUUGCCAUGCAAAGCAAGUGGAAUUCCCAAACCAUCUGUCACCUGGUCCAAGAAAGGCGAGCUGAUUUCCACCAGCAGUGCUAAGUUUUCUGCAGGGGCUGACGGAAGUCUGUACGUGGUAUCCCCCGGGGGUGAGGAGAGCGGGGAGUACGUCUGCACCGCCACCAACGCAGCCGGCUACGCCAAAAGGAAGGUGCAGCUGACCGUCUACGUAAGGCCCCGAGUGUUUGGAGAGCACCGAGGACUGUCCCAGGAUAAGCCUGUGGAGAUCUCCGUCAUUACUGGGGAAGAGGUGACUCUUCCAUGUGAAGUGAAGAGCUUACCCCCACCCACAAUUACCUGGGCCAAAGAAACGCAGCUCAUCUCGCCAUUCUCUCCAAGACACACAUUCCUCCCUUCUGGUUCCAUGAGGAUCACUGAGACCCGCGUUUCUGAUAGUGGGAUGUAUCUUUGCGUCGCCACAAACAUUGCUGGGAACGUGACUCAAUCCGUUAAAUUAAAUGUUCAUGUUCCUCCAAAGAUACAGCGUGGCCCUAAACUUAUGAAAGUCCAAGUUGGUCAAAGAGUGGACAUUCCAUGCAGUGCUCAAGGGACGCCUCUUCCUGUAAUCACCUGGUUGAGAGGUGGGAGUGCAGUGCUGGGUGACGGAGGGCAGCAUAUUAGCAAUCCAGAUGGAACGUUAAGCAUCAAUCAAGCCUUGCUCUCAGAUGCCGGCAUAUAUACAUGUGUGGCUACCAACAUCGCAGGCAGUGAUGAAACGGAAAUCACACUUCAUGUCCAAGAACCGCCUACACUGGAAGAUCUAGAACCUCCAUAUAACACUCCAUUCCAGGAAAGGGUGGCCAAUCAGCGCAUUGCAUUUCCGUGUCCUGCAAAAGGUACCCCCAAACCGACCAUCAAGUGGUUACGGAAUGGCAGAGAGCUGACAGGCCGAGAGCUCGGUAUUUCUAUCUUGGAAGAUGGCACAUUGUUGGUUAUUGCUUCUGUUACACCAUAUGACAAUGGGGAGUACAUCUGUGUGGCAGUCAAUGAAGCUGGGACCACCGAAAAAAAAUAUAACCUCAAAGUCCAUGUUCCUCCAGUAAUUAAAGAUACAGACCAAGUGACAAACGUGUCCAUGCUGGUCAAUCAGCUGACCAAUCUCUUGUGUGAAGUGGAAGGUACUCCAUCUCCCAUCAUCACAUGGUACAAAGAUGAGGUCCAAGUGACUGAAAGCAGCACUGUUCAGAUCGUCAACAACGGGAAGAUAUUGAAGCUCUUCAGAGCCAGUCCAGAGGACGCGGGAAGAUAUUCCUGCAAAGCAAUGAAUGUGGCAGGCACCUCUCAGAAGUAUUUUAACAUCGAUGUGCUAGUCCCACCCACCAUAAUAGGCGCCAACUCCCCAAAUGAAAUCUCAGUUGUCCUCAACCACGACAUCACCCUUGAAUGCCAGGUCAAGGGCACUCCCUUCCCAGUUAUUGGCUGGUUCAAAGAUGGCAAGUGGCUGAAGGAUGGCCAACUAAUCGAUGAAAGGGAUGGAUUCAAGAUUUUACUAAAUGGACGCAAACUGGUUAUUGCUCGGGCUCAAGUGUCAGAUACAGGCCUUUAUCGAUGUGUGGCCACAAACGCUGCCGGAGACCUCAGGAAGGAAUUUGAAGUGACUGUUCACGUUCCUCCAAUGAUUGAAGGUGACCUGGCAGUGCCUCUGACUAAGCAAGUGGUGAUUGCUCAUCCACUGACACUGGAGUGCAAAGCUGCCGGCAACCCUCCUCCAGUUCUCACCUGGUUAAAAGACGGGGUGCCUGUGAAAGCCAGCGACAACAUCCGCAUAGAAGCCGGUGGGAAGAAGCUAGAAAUUAUGAGUGCCCUCGAAGCAGAUCGGGGACAGUAUGUAUGUGUGGCUACCAGUGUGGCAGGAGAGAAGGAAAUCCAGUACGAAGUUGACGUCUUAGUGCCGCCAGCGAUAGAAGGAGGAGAUGAAAGAUCUUACUUCAUAGUGAUGGUUAAUAACUUACUGGAGCUAGAUUGUCAAGUGACAGGCUCUCCACCACCAACUAUCAUGCCUUUGUUUUUGGGAGAUCCUAAUAUUGAACUUCUGGACAGAGGACAAGUUUUACAUUUAAAAAAUGCACGAAGAAGUGACAAGGGCCGUUACCAGUGCACCGUGUCCAAUGCAGCUGGCAAACAAGCCAAGGACAUAAAGCUGACUGUCUACAUUCCACCAAGUAUUAAAGGAGGGAAUGUCACCACAGAAAUAUCAACAUUAAUCAACAGCAUAAUUAAACUGGAGUGUGAAACAAGGGGACUUCCGGUGCCUGCUAUUACUUGGUAUAAGGACGGCCAGCUAAUCAUAUCCAGCUCUCAAGCACUUUAUGUUGAUAAGGGACAAUUUCUUCAUAUCCCUCGAGCACAGGUCUCUGAUUCAGCAAUAUACACGUGCCACGUAACCAAUGCUGCUGGAACUGCUGAAAAAUCAUUCCACGUGGACGUCUAUGCAUGUUUAGUACAGUAUGGCUGGAGAAUAUUGGGAGUUUACGUGGGAGAAUAUGGAGAGAUCAUUUUAGGUUGGACUGUGAUUCAGUCUUCUGGUCGAGUUCUACAAAUUGCCAAAGCCCUGAUGGGAGAUGCUGGCAGAUACACAUGUGUGGCGACCAACGCGGCUGGAGAAGCACAACAGCCCUUUCAGCUUCAUGUGCAUGAACCACCCAGCCUGGAGGAUGCAGGGAAGAUACUUAAUGAGACGGUGGUGGCGAACAGCCCUAUACAGCUGGAGUGCAAGGCGGCCGGAAACCCCUUGCCUGCUAUUACAUGGUACAAAGAUAAUCGUCCACUCUCAGGUUCCACCGGUGUGACUUUCUUAAACAGAGGACAGAUCCUUGAUAUCGAAAGUGCCCAAAUCACUGAUGCGGGCAUAUAUAAAUGUGUGGCCAUCAACUCAGCUGGAGCAACCGAGUUAUUUUAUAAUCUGCAGGUCCAUGUGCCCCCAUCAAUUUCUGGCAGCAAUAACAUGGUGGCGGUGGUGGUGAAUAACCUGGUGAGGUUAGAAUGUGAAGCCAGAGGUAUCCCGGCCCCGAGUCUGACCUGGUUGAAAGAUGGAAGCCCCGUCUCUGGUUUCGCUAAUGGGAUACAGGUUCUGUCUGGGGGCCGCAUUCUCGCUUUGACCAGCGCCCAAAUCAGUGACACAGGAAGAUACACCUGCGUGGCAGUGAACGCUGCUGGGGAGAAACAAAGGGACAUUGAACUCAGAGUAUAUGUUCCACCAAAUAUUAUGGGAGAAGAACAGAACGUCUCUGUCCUCAUUAGCCAAGCCGUGGAGUUGCUAUGUCAAAGUGAUGCCAUCCCGUCACCUACACUGACUUGGUUAAAAGAUGGACGCCCCUUGCUGAAGAAACCAGGCCUCAGUAUCUCUGAAAACGGAAGUGUGUUAAAGAUCGAAGAUGCUCAGGUUCAAGACACUGGUCGUUACACUUGCGAGGCAACAAACCUUGCUGGGAAAACUGAGAAAAACUAUAAUGUCAAUAUUUUGGUACCACCAAAUAUUUAUGGUUCUGAUGACCUUGCUCCUCUUACAGUCAUUGAAGGGAAUCUCAUUAGUCUUUUAUGUGAAUCAAGUGGCAUUCCACCUCCAAAUCUCAUUUGGAAGAAGAGAGGUUCUCUGGUGCUGGAUGAUUCUUCGGGGCGAGUCAGAACUCUAUCUGGAGGCAGACAGUUACAGAUUUCAGUUGCUGAAAAAUCUGAUGCAGGACUCUAUACAUGUGUGGCGUCAAAUGUCGCUGGAACUGCAAAGAAAGACUACAGUCUGCAAAUUUAUAUUAGACCAACCAUCACCAACAGUGGCAGCCACCCUACUGAAAUUACUGUGACUCGAGGGAAGAGUAUUUCCUUGGAGUGUGAGGUGCAGGGUAUUCCUCAACCCACAGUGACCUGGAUGAAAGAUGGCCGCCCCCUGACCAAGGGAAGGGGAAUGGAAAUACUGGAUGAAGGUCGCAUCCUUCAGCUGAAGAAUGUUCAUGUAUCUGACACAGGCCGUUAUGUGUGUGUUUCUGUAAAUGUAGCAGGCAUGACUGAUAGAAAAUAUGACUUAAGUGUACAUACCCCUCCAACCAUCAUAGGUAACCAUGGGACACCUGAAAAUAUAAGUGUGGUGGAAAAGAACUCAGUAUCCCUGACUUGUGAAGCUUCAGGCAUUCCCUUGCCUUCCAUUACCUGGCUUAAAGAUGGGUGGCCCAUCAGCCUCAGUAGCUCUGUGAGAAUUCUCUCAGGAGGUAGGAUUCUGCGGUUGAUACAGACCAGAAUAGAAGAUGCUGGGCAGUAUACUUGUAUCGUAAGGAAUGCAGCUGGUGAAGAAAGAAAAAUCUUUGGACUUUCAGUAUUAGUACCACCUCACAUUGUGGGGGAAAAUAGACUGGAAGAUGUGAAGGUAAAAGAGAAACAAAGUGUUACUCUGACUUGUGAAGUUUCAGGGAAUCCAAUGCCAGAAAUUACAUGGCACAAAGAUGGGCAGCUCCUUCAAGAAGACGACACCCAUCACAUUAUGUCUAGUGGUCGUUUUCUUCAAAUUACCAAUGCGCAAGUGUCACACACUGGAAGAUACACAUGUUUGGCUUCUAAUCCAGCUGGUGACAAGAGCAAAAGUUUCAGCCUUAACGUGUUGGUAUCUCCCACAAUCUCUGGUGUCGAUAGUGACGGCAGCCCUGAAGAUAUCAUUGUUAUCCUUAACAGCCCCACCUCUUUGGUCUGCGAAGCUUAUUCAUAUCCUCCAGCUACCAUCACCUGGUUUAAGGAUGGGACGCCUUUAGAAUCCAACCGAAAUAUUCGUAUUCUGCCAGGAGGUAGAACUCUGCAGAUCCUAAAUGCCCAGGAAGACAAUGCUGGGAGAUACUCUUGUGUCGCCACUAAUGAGGCGGGGGAAAUGAUAAAGCAUUAUGAAGUGAAGGUCUACAUUCCACCCAUAAUCAAUAAAGGGGACCUCCUGGGGCCAGGUCUUUCCCCCAAAGAAGUGAAGAUCAAAGUAAACACCACCCUGACCUUGGAAUGUGAAGCUUAUGCGAUUCCUUCUGCCUCUCUCAGCUGGUACAAGGAUGGCCAGCCCCUUACAUCAGAUGAUCAUGUUACUAUUGCUGCAAAUGGACACACACUUCAAAUAAAGGAGGCUCAAAUAUCAGACACUGGACGAUAUACUUGUGUGGCAUCCAAUGUUGCAGGUGAAGAUGAACUGGACUUUGAUGUGAAUAUACAAGUUCCUCCAAGUUUUCAGAAACUCUGGGAAAUGGGAAACAUGCUGGAUAUCGGCAGGAGUGGUGAAGCCAAGGAUGUGAUCAUCAAUAAUCCCAUUUCUCUUUCCUGUGAGACAAAUGCUGCUCCCCCUCCCACACUGACAUGGUACAAAGAUGGCCGUCCUCUGACCUCGAGUGACAGGGUGUUGAUUUUACCAGGAGGGCGAGUGUUGCAGAUUCCCCGGGCCAAAGUGGAAGACGCUGGGAGAUACACAUGUGUGGCGGUGAAUGAGGCUGGAGAAGCUUCCCUGCAGUAUGACGUCCGUGUACUCUUGCCACCAGUUAUCAAGGGAGCAAAUAAUGAUCUCCCUGAAGAGGUCACAGUGCUGGUGAACAAGAGCGUGCUGAUGGAGUGUUUGUCCACUGGUAGCCCCGCACCAAGGAGUUCUUGGCAAAAGGACGGGCAGCCCUUGCUAGAAGACGGGCAUCACAAAUUCCUAUCUAAUGGAAGAAUUCUACAGAUUCUAAAUACUCAAAUCACGGAUAUCGGCAGGUAUGUGUGUAUUGCGGAGAACACAGCUGGAAGUGCCAAAAAAUAUUUCAACCUCAAUGUUCAUGUUCCUCCCAGUGUCAUUGGUCCUAACCCUGAAAAUCUUACUGUUGUGGUGAACAACUUCAUCUCUUUGACCUGUGAGGUCUCUGGUUUUCCACCUCCUGAUCUCAGCUGGCUCAAGAAUGAACAGCCUAUCAAGUUAAACACAAAUGCUCUCAUUGUGCCCGGUGGUCGGACUCUACAAAUUAUUCGGGCCAAAGUAUCUGAUGGUGGUGAAUACACUUGUAUAGCUAUCAACCAAGCUGGUGAAAGCAAGAAAAAAGUUUCCCUGACUGUUUAUGUGCCCCCAAGCAUUAAAGAUCAUGGCGGUGAAUCUCUCUCUGUAGUUAAUGUAAGAGAAGGGACCUCAGUAUCAUUGGAGUGUGAGUCCAACGCUGUCCCCCCUCCAGUUGUCACCUGGUAUAAGAAUGGGCGGAUGAUAACAGAAUCAACUCACUUGGAGAUUUUAGCAGAUGGACAAAUGCUACACAUCAAGAAAGCCGAGGUAUCUGACACAGGCCAGUAUGUAUGUAGAGCUAUAAAUGUAGCAGGACGGGAUGAUAAAAAUUUCCACCUCAAUGUAUAUGUGCCACCCAGUAUCGAAGGGCCUGAAAAAGAAGUGGUUGUUGAGACAAUCAGCAAUCCUGUGACCUUAAUAUGUGAUGCCACUGGAAUCCCGCCUCCCACCAUAACAUGGUUGAAGAACCACAAGCCCAUAGAAAAUUCUGACUCACUUGAAGUUCAUAUUUUGUCUGGAGGUAGCAAAUUCCAAAUUGCCCGGUCUCAGCGUUCAGAUAGUGGAAAUUAUACAUGCAUUGCAUCAAAUAUGGAAGGAAAAGCACAGAAAAACUACAUCCUUUCAAUUCAAGUCCCUCCAAAUGUUGCUGGUGCUGAAAUUCCAAGUGAAGUCAGUGUCCUUCUAGGGGAAAAUGUUGAGCUGGUCUGCAGUGCAAAUGGCAUUCCCACCCCAGUUAUUCAGUGGCUUCGAGAUGGAAAACCCAUAACUAGCAGUGAAACAGAAAGAAUCCGGGUGACUGCAAAUGGCAGCACGUUAAAUAUUUACGGAGCUCUCCCAUCCGACAUGGGGAAAUACACGUGUGUUGCUACGAAUCCCGCUGGAGAAGAAGACCGCAUAUUUAACUUAAAUGUUUAUGUUCCACCAGUUAUUAGAGGUAAUAAAGAAGAAGCAGAGAAACUCAUGGCUGUGGUGGAUACAUCAAUAAAUAUUGAAUGCAGAGCCACAGGGACGCCUCCACCACAGAUAAACUGGCUAAAGAACGGACUUCCGUUGCCCCUCUCCUCCCAUAUCCGGCUACUGUCAGGAGGGCAGGUUAUCAGGAUUGUGAGAGCUCAAGUGUCUGAUGUUGCCAUAUACACUUGUGUGGCCUCCAACAGAGCUGGGGUGGAUAAUAAACAUUAUAGUCUUCAAGUGUUCGUCCCACCAAAUCUGGACAACGCAAUGGGAACAGAGGACAUCAUAAUUGUCAAGGGUAGUUCCACCUCCAUGACAUGCCUUACAGAUGGAACCCCAACUCCCAGGAUGUCGUGGCUUCGAGAUGGCCAGCCUCUGGGACUUGAUGCCCACCUGACAAUAAGUACUCAAGGAAUGGUCCUUCAGCUCAUCAAAGCAGAGACUGAAGAUUCGGGAAGGUACACCUGUAUUGCCUCAAAUGAAGCUGGAGAAGUCAGCAAACACUUUAUCCUGAAGGUCCUAGAACCACCUCAUAUCAAUGGAUCUGAAGAGCCUACAGAGAUAUCAGUGAUUAUUAAUAAUCCACUUGAACUUACCUGCAUUGCUUCUGGAAUCCCAGCUCCUAAAAUUUCCUGGAUGAAAGAUGGACGGCCCCUUCCACAGAUGGACCAGGUGCAAACUCUUGGAGGAGGAGAGGUUCUUCGAAUAUCUAGUAGUCAGGUGGAAGACACGGGAAGAUAUACGUGCCUGGCAUCCAGCCCUGCAGGAGAUGAUGACAAAGAAUAUUUAGUGAGAGUGCAUGUACCACCCAAUAUUGCUGGAACAGAUGAGCCCCAGGAUUUCACUGUGUUGCGGAACAGACAAGUGACGCUGGAAUGCAAAUCAGAUGCAGUGCCCCCACCCGUAAUCACUUGGCUUAAAAAUGGAGAACGGUUACAGGCAACGCCUCGAGUACGAAUCCUCUCUGGAGGGAGAUACUUGCAAAUUAAUAACGCAGAUCUCAGUGACACAGCCAAUUAUACCUGUGUUGCCAGCAAUGUUGCAGGAAAGACUACACGAGAAUUUAUUCUCACUGUGAAUGUGCCUCCGAACAUCAAGAGUGGCCCCCAGAGUCUUGUCAUUCACUUAAAUAAGUCAACUGUAUUGCAAUGCUUGGCUGAAGGUGUGCCAACCCCAAGGAUAACAUGGAGAAAGGAUGGAGCUAUUCUCUCCGGGAAUCACGCAAGAUACUCCAUCUUGGAAAACGGAUUCCUUCAUAUCCAGUCUGCACAUGUCACCGAUACUGGGCGAUAUUUGUGUAUGGCUACCAAUGUUGCUGGAACAGACCGCAGGCGAAUAGAUUUACAAGUCCAUGUUCCUCCAUCGAUUGCUCUGGGUCCUACCAACAUAACUGUAACAGUAAAUGUUCAAACUACUCUGGCUUGCGAGGCUACUGGGAUACCCAAACCAUCAAUCAACUGGAAAAAAAAUGGGCAACUUCUUAAUGUGGAUCAAAAUCAGAAUUCGUACAGGCUCCUUUCUUCUGGUUCACUCAUAAUUAUUUCCCCUUCUGUGGAUGACACUGCAACCUAUGAGUGCACGGUGACAAACGAUGCUGGAGAGGACAUGAGAGCUGUGGAUCUCACCGUCCAAGUUCCACCUUCCAUAGCUGAUGAGCCUACGGACUUCCUAGUAACCAAACAUGCCCCAACAGUAAUUACCUGCACUGCUUCUGGAGUCCCGUUUCCCUCAAUUCACUGGAUGAAAAAUGGAAUAAGACUGCUGCCCAGGGGGGACGGCUACAGAAUUCAGUCCUCAGGAGCGAUUGAAAUAUUUGCCACUCAAUUAAACCACGCUGGAAGAUAUACUUGUAUCGCCAGGAAUGCAGCUGGCUCUGCACACCGACACGUGACCCUUCGCGUCCAGGAGCCUCCAUUCAUUCAGCCUCAGCCAAGCAAACUAGAUGUCAUUCUAAACAAUCCCAUUUUAUUACCAUGUGAAGCAACAGGGACACCCAGCCCUUUCAUUACUUGGCAAAAAGAAGGCAUCAAUGUCAUCACCUCAGGCAAAAGCCAUGCCGUUCUUCCUACCGGCGGCUUACAGAUCUCCCGAGCUGUCAGAGAAGAUGCUGGCACUUACAUGUGUGUGGCUCAGAAUCCAGCUGGUACAGCGUUGGGCAAAAUCAAGUUAAAUGUUCAAGUUCCUCCAGUCAUUAGCCCCCAUCCAAAAGAAUAUGUCAUUGCUGUGGAUAAGCCCAUCACACUUCCCUGUGAGGCAGACGGCCUCCCACCACCUGACAUUACGUGGCAUAGAGAUGGGCAUGCAAUUACGGAAUCCAUCCGCCAGCGCAUUCUCAGCUCUGGGGCUCUGCAAAUAGCAUUUGCCCAGCCUGAUGACACUGGGCAGUACACGUGCAUGGCAGCUAAUGUGGCAGGAUCCAGCAGCACGAGCACCAAGCUGACUGUCCAUGAGCUAGACAGAUGGCUCAGACUACAAGGUGGAAAAUGGAACCCGUCUUUAAAUAAGCAUGCUCCUUUGGGGACCAAGCUGUGCAAGUUUAUGUAUUUUCUGUACUAUGAUCCAGAGGAUUCUGGCACCUAUACCUGUGUGGCCGAGAACGCUGUAGGUGAAGACACACACACUGUCCGCCUGACGGUACACGUUCUCCCCACUUUCACUGAGCUUCCUGGAGAUGUGUCAUUAAAUAAAGGAGAACAGCUACGACUAAGCUGUAAAGCCACUGGUAUUCCAUUGCCCACGUUGACGUGGACCUUCAAUAACAAUAUUAUCCCAGCCCACUUUGACAGUGUGAAUGGACACAGUGAACUUGUUAUUGAAAGGGCGUCAAAAGAGGAUUCGGGCACUUACGUGUGCAGCGCAGAGAACAGCGUUGGUUUUGUGAAAGCAAUUGGAUUUGUUUAUGUGAAAGAACCUCCAGUUUUUAAAGGUGAUUACCCUUCUAACUGGAUUGAGCCACUUGGUGGUAACGCGAUUCUGAAUUGCGAGGUGAAAGGAGAUCCUGCCCCAACCAUCCAGUGGAGCAGAAAGGGGGUGGACGUUGAAAUUAACCACAGGAUCCGUCAACUUGGCAAUGGCUCCCUGGCCAUUUAUGGCACUGUAAAUGAAGAUGCUGGUGACUAUACAUGUGUAGCUACCAAUGAAGCUGGAGUGGUGGAGCGUAGCAUGAGUCUGACUCUGCAGAGUCCUCCCAUUAUCACUCUGGAGCCAGUAGAGACUGUUAUUAAUGUUGGUGGCAAAGUCAUAUUGAAUUGUCAGGCCACUGGAGAGCCACAUCCAACCAUUACGUGGUCCCGUCAAGGGCGCUCUAUCCCCUGGGAUGACCGAGUUAACAUGUUGUCCAACAACUCGUUGUAUAUUACUGCGGCUCAGAAAGAAGAUACGUCUGAAUAUGAAUGUGUUGCUCGAAACUUGAUGGGUUCUGUCCUUGUCAGAGUGCCGGUCACGGUCCAGGUUCAUGGUGGAUUUUCCCAGUGGUCUGCCUGGAGAUCCUGCAGUGUCACCUGUGGAAGAGGCAUCCAGAAGAGGAGUCGUCUAUGCAACAGCCCGUUUCCAGCCAAUGGGGGGAAGCCGUGCCAAGGGUCAGAUUCAGAAAUGCGCAACUGUCAACAUAAGCUGUGUCCAGUGGAUGGUAGGUGGUCAGAAUGGAGCCCCUGGGAAGAAUGCACAAGGAGCUGUGGACAUGGCAACCGAACCAGGACCAGAACUUGCAAUAACCCAUCAGCUCAACAUGGGGGGCGGCCAUGUGAGGGGAGCGCUGUGGAAAUAAUAAUGUGCAACAUGAGGCCUUGCCCAGUUCAUGGAGCAUGGAGCGCUUGGCAGCCAUGGGGCGCAUGCAGCAGAAGUUGUGGGAAGGGUACCCAGACAAGAGCAAGACUGUGCAAUAACCCACCGCCCUCGUUUGGUGGAUCCUACUGUGACGGAGCAGAAACACAGAUGCAAGUUUGCAACGAAAGACACUGUCCAGUUCAUGGGAAAUGGGCCACUUGGGCCAGUUGGAGUACCUGUACGGUGUCCUGUGGAGGAGGCGCCAGACAGAGAACAAGGGACUGCUCUGACCCCAUCCCCCAGUAUGGCGGAAACAAAUGUGAAGGGAGUGAUGUCCAGAGUGAUUUUUGCAAUACUGACCCAUGUCCAACUCAUGGUAACUGGAGUCCUUGGAGUGGCUGGGGAGGGUGCAGUCGGUCAUGUGGCGGAGGACAAAUGCGGCGUUACCGCACGUGUGACAACCCUCGGCCCUCCCAUGGAGGAAGAGCUUGUGGGGGGCCAGACUCCCAGAUCCAGAGAUGCAACGCUGAUAUGUGUCCUGUGGAUGGAAGUUGGGGAAACUGGCAUAGCUGGGGCCUGUGUUCUGCCUCUUGUGGAGGAGGUGAAAAGACCCGAAAACGGCUGUGCAACAAUCCAGAGCCGUUCAAAAGUGGUCGCCCCUGUCCAGGAGAUUCUACUCAGGUAUCCAGAUGCAAUAUACAAGCAUGCCCAGGUGGGCCCCAGCGAGCCAGAGGAAGUGUUAUUGGAAAUAUUAAUGAUGUUGAAUUUGGAAUUGCUUUCCUUAACGCCACAGUAACAGAUAGCCCUACCUCUGAUACUAGAAUAGUACAUGCCAAAAUUUCCAACGUGCCUCGCAGUCUUGGUGCAGCAAUGAGAAAGAUAGUUUCUAUUUUAAAUCCCAUUUACUGGACAACAGCAAAGGAAAUAGGAGAAGCAGUCAAUGGCUUUACCCUCACCAACGCAGUCUUCAAGAGAGAAACCCAAGUGGAAUUUGCAACUGGAGAAAUCUUACGGAUGACUCACGCUGCUCGGGGCCUGGAUUCCGAUGGAGCUUUGCUGUUAGAUAUCGUUGUGAGUGGCUACGUCCUGCAGCUUCAGUCCCCUGCUGAAGUCACUGUAAAGGAUUAUACAGAAGACUACAUUCAAACAGGCCCCGGACAGCUGUAUGCCUACUCAACCCGGCUGUUCACCAUCGAUGGCAUCGGCGUCCCAUACACGUGGAACCACACUGUUUUCUAUGAUCAGGCACAAGGAAGAAUGCCUUUCUUGGUAGAAACACUUCAUGCAUCUUCUGUGGAAUCUGACUACAACCAGUUAGAAGAGACAUUGGAUUUUAAAAUUCACGCUUCAAUUUCCAAAGGUGAGCGCAGUAAUCAAUGCCCCUCUGGGUUUGCCUUAGACUCACUUGGACCCUUUUGUACUGAUGAAGAUGAAUGUGCAACAGGGACGCCCUGCUCCCAUGUCUGCCACAAUGCCAUGGGGACCUAUUACUGCUCCUGCCCUAACGGCCUCACCAUAGCUGCAGAUGGAAGAACGUGUCAAGAUAUUGAUGAGUGUGCUUUGGGUGGACACACUUGCCACGCUGGUCAGGAUUGUGACAAUACCAUUGGAUCCUAUCGUUGUGUGGUCCGCUGUGGCAUUGGUUUUCGAAGAACCUCUGAUGGACUGAGUUGUCAAGAUAUUAAUGAAUGUCAAGAAUCCAGCCCCUGUCACCACCGCUGCUUCAAUGCCAUAGGAAGUUUUCACUGUGGAUGUGAACCGGGGUAUCAGCUCAAAGGCAGAAAAUGCAUGGAUAUUGAUGAAUGUAAAGAUGGAACCCAUCAGUGCAGAUAUAAUCAGAUAUGUGAGAAUACAAGAGGCAGCUAUCGUUGUGUAUGUCCAAGAGGUUACCGAUCUCAAGGAGUGGGAAGACCCUGUAUGGACAUUAAUGAGUGUGAACAAGUGCCUAAGCCUUGUGCCUAUCAGUGCUUCAACACCCCCGGCAGCUUCAAGUGUAUCUGUCCACCAGGACAACAUUUAUUAGGGGACGGGAAAUCUUGCGCUGGAUUGGAGAGGCUGCCACCUUAUGGCACCCAGUACAAUAGCUAUAACCUUGCACGGUUCUCCCCUGUGAGAAACAACUAUCAACCUCAACAGCAUUACAGACAGUAUUCACAUCUCUACAGCUCCUACUCAGAGUAUAGAAACAGCAGAACAUCUCUCUCCAGGACUAGAAGGACUAUUAGGAAAACUUGCCCUCAAGGCUCUGAGGCAAGCCAUGACACAUGUGUAGAUAUCGACGAAUGUGAAAAUAGAGACACCUGCCAACAUGAGUGUAAAAAUACCUUUGGAAGCUAUCGAUGUGUCUGUCCGCCUGGCUAUCAGCUCAUGCUCAAUGGAAAGACAUGUCAAGAUGUUGAUGAGUGCCUGGAGCAGAAUGUGCGUUGUGGGCCGAAUCGCAUGUGUUUCAACACGAGAGGGAGCUACCAGUGCAUCGACACGCCUUGUCCGCCCAACUACCAACGGGAUCCCGUCUCAGGGUUCUGCCUCAAGAACUGUCCACCCAAUGAUUUGGAAUGUGCCUUGAGCCCAUAUGCCUUGGAAUACAAACUCAUCUCCCUCCCAUUUGGAAUAGCCGCCAAUCAAGAUCUAAUCCGGCUGGUGGCAUACACGCAGGACGGAGUGAUGCAUCCCAGGACAAGUUUUCUCAUGGUAGAUGAGGAACACACUGUUCCUUUUGCCUUAAGGGAUGAAAACCUGAAAGGAGUGGUGUACACAACGCGACCGCUCCGAGAACCAGAGACCUACCGCAUGAGGGUCCGAGCCUUAUCCUACAGUGCCAAUGGGACCAUUGAAUAUCAGACCACAUUUAUAGUGUAUAUAGCUGUGUCUGCCUAUCCAUACUAAGAAGCUCUCCAAAGCCUAAGCCACAGAUUUAAACUGCAUAAACACAGGAAUCAAGUCCCCUUCCAGAUUACUGUCUCCUGAACAGUUGCAAUCUUGGCAACUUGAAAAUGGUGCUAUGCUCUGUUGUGUGUGCUUUCCUUUGUACCAUUGAGGUAUUUUUACAAUCCCACCAUGGUUCCAUCUUUUGGUAAGGUCUAGAACAGUCCCUUAUUAUUUUAUUUAUUACACUGGAGCAGUUCCUUUCCAAAGGUUAGUCUGAAUAUCGAACAGGACCCAUCAGUGAGGUUUUAUGGCAGCAGAGUAGCUAAGAUCAUUUUCCUGAAAAAAGAAAACCAAAAAUAACUAUAAUAAUAAUUUGAAGCCAAGUAGAUUUUUGAGCACUUGGUGAUGUUUAAAAUAAUAAAACUGGUUGCUAUGUGUUUUGAUCAAGGCUUAUUAAAUAACUUAUGAAGAUGCUUUUUUUUUAAGUAUUGAUACUUCACAAUAGGACUUACACACCUAUUUUUCACUUUAAAAAGAAAUGCCACUCAUUUUAGAAAUAUAGUACAAUUUCUAGGAGGUUAGUUUGAUCCCAAAUGGUGCUUACCUUGAUUGAACAUCCAAAGUAAGGAUAUUAUUUUAGUGGUUUUGUAAAAUCAGUUGAACCACUUAUGAUAAUAGAAAAAAAUAUUACUUGGUCCUCAAAUCAUUGUUGAGGGCAUGGGUCUUCACUCUAACAUCUUGAUAUAACCUUCCAUUCAGUUAGCGCCUUAGCUUUUACAUUCCAGAAUUCUUUUUACUGUCCUAUCAAUUGGAAACAAUUUUUAAAAUGUCAAUGGGACAAUUUUCUUUGUUUUUCUUUAAAAAUCUCAUAUGUUCAAAUUAGCAUAAAUGUUAAACGUCAAUACACUGUACAUGGUGGUAACAGACUCUGGAAGCAAUUGCCAAGAUGUAUUCUAUUUUUAUGAAGUGUAUAUAUAUAUUACCUUAGUGUGUAUUUUCUAUGUAAUAUCUUGAUGGACUCUUUUAUAAAGUUAUUUUAUAAGAAAAACAAUGUUACAGGAAAACCAGCCUAAAUAAA